AUGGACAGCGUAGAUGCGGCACUGCACCGCAGCAGUGCCGGGCAGCCCUCCUCGCCAAUCGAGUUCAACGUGGAGAGUAUAUACGCGCGUCACCUCACCGGAGGGCCAAGCAUGAAUGGAAGCUGCAGCCUUAGUGCCAACGCCUCGCGGCUGGUGACCUCGCCGUGGCUGCCUGCACCUACGCACGCAGCCUCACCUUCAUUGGUCACCAUUGAGGAGCCCGUGCUGCACGAUGCAGUCAACACUCAUGCCGCGAUCACUCCAGGUAUUGUACCAGAGGACGGGGAGCUAGAUCAAUUCGAUAUUGUUCUUCAGCAGGAUGCGGCCGCUAGUAAUGGCAAUGCACAAGCUCCCUUCCGUAACCGCAGCCCGUCUAACGCUGGCACUCACUCGCCAUCUGGGGCCACUCCACCUUUGGCUGCCGGCUGCUAUGCAGGCAGCAGCGGCCUCGUCGUCUCCUCGACUUCUCACUACAGUGGUGGGGCGGGAAGCAAUCAAUGUUGCAGUCCUAGUGUUCUGCUUCAGGGCGCUGCGAGACGGCUACCUUCAGUGGCUGGUGCGUGUCAAGCAUCGGCCAUAACUCAAGAUAGAGACCAAUGUGCUCGGCUCAUCCACCAGAUGGUAUCUGCAUGCCGCGGUGAGCUGCAUCUGCACGGGUACAGCGGCAGUGGCGGUACCAGCAGCACGUCCGUAGCCUCCCCUGGUGGAGAUCCGCGAACAACAAGCUCGCCGGCUGCACCGCAGCCCUCCACCACAUCUGCUGCAGGUGUCGUUUCCGGGCUCGAUCCGCACAUCUUCGAAGAGGAGCUGAGCCUCCUCACCGGAAUCAUACUGGAGGCAAACAUGGCCCACAACCCGCAGUGGCAACCUCAGUUUGCAUACCGAAGUAACCAUAAUGCCAGCAGCAACAGCAACGGUGGCUACGUCUCGCCACCACACGGCGUUCUGCGAACCUCGCCACGCAGCGGCGGUGUGGGCCUCCAAUCCCUAGCAACAGUGCCAUCAGCACCAACGGCAACCAUGGCAGCAAGUCUAUUCGGCGCAAGCACCGGUGUGGCUGCUCGCUCUCAUUCACGCAGCUCUCCUGCCGGCUGUUUACCAGGGGCACACCCCAUGUCAAACUACUUGGCGAGCGUCACUGCCAACAACAUCAACAACGACGGCCGCUCAACAAUCGACACCGAGGUGAGCGACUCGCUGUGUCGCAUCUCCCAUUUCGGCGGUAGUGGUGGUUCGAACUACCACAUGUACAUGAUGGAGCAUGGUGUCCGCCCAAUGAACCCCUGUCAAGGUGCCGCGCCGCUGUCGGGUGUCACGAGUGGAAGCGUUCGGAGUAUCUCUCAGGUGCUGCAGCAUCAACAGGCAUGGACAGCGCUCAUGCACGAAAGUGCUAGCAAUCCAGGUCACCUCGAUCGGGCUGCGAUUGCCAGCCUUAGUGGACAAGCCUCUCGGCGGCCGAGUGGCAGCGCGGCACGUAGCACAAGUGCCAACGUCAAGCACCCGCGUGCAGUAAAGCCGGAAGUGAGCAGCGGCGGCGGCAGCAUCCGGGGCCCACGCAGUCGCACAGGCAAGAACGUGGCACCCAGCAACCACUCCGCCUUCUCCGAGUGCUCUGGGGGCGAAACUCGCAGCUGCCGCUCCACCCUCACCGGCGCGCACCGCGUUCUCUCCUCCUCGGCGAACGCAACGACCAACACAUCCUUGUCCAGCAGUGUCUUUCACCAGAUCCAGGUAGAGCACGGGAUUGCCAUGAACAGUGGUAACGGUCGCUCCAACAACACAUAA